CACUGCCAGUACAUACGGCGUAGCUUCUCUGCAUUGGUGUCCCAGCAGCCUUGCAAUAUCGAAUGAGAGGGAGGCAGCCUAGCCUGGUAGCCAUUCAGCUGAAGGUCAAUAUGGAUGGCCCCCAAUCUCCCAGAACGUGCCAUGGACUUGUCUACAAGUGAACCAGAAACCAAACCUGAGGUACCAAACAUUCUUAUUCACUGGUUAGCCAGGUACCCCGAGCGACGUUUUUGUUACGUCGAUCCUCCUACCUGGCAACAUGCGUCCUGACUGUGCCACAAAGCUGACUGUGUGCCGGGCCGAGGUUUUUGAAGGCAAGGCUGUCACUCCAACAGACCGACCGCAAGAAGGUAUAAAUCUAACUGCUCACGCGUGUCAGCCC